UCCCCAAAAUCUGCAUGUGAUUCGGUUAGUAGUUCAUCUCAUACCAAAAUUUUCUCUUCGAUUCGUGUUGCCUCGCUUUAGCUGUGGAAAGGCUUGUUCCGGGAGCACGAAGAGAGAAACAUUCAAUAUCGGAUAAUUUUCCGGUCUCGAGGGUGCAAUGAAACAAUCCCGCUCGUCCAGAUCUCGCGUGGAAAAAACUGUUCCAAAACCACCGCCUACUGGCCCAAAAACUCCAUCUACGCUGGCCGCCACCGUGGCAGCAGGGAAAUCUUUCGAGACCACCGAGCGCUGCGGCACAUGUUCUGCAUGUUUACGUGAAGACUGUGGCCAGUGCGAAGGAUGCGUAUGCAAACAAAAAUACGGAGGUGAUGGCUCCAGUAAGAAGCAGUGCGUCUAUCGGGGUUGCCAAGCUAUUUCGGAGAUAAAUCUAAAGGUCGGCGGUGGCUGCUUCGCGAGCGCCACUCACAACAGCGACAUCAGUAGCGUUUUGUCUAUAUCGCAAUACCCACCAUACCCCUUCACACCGCCACCGUCUUUAAUCGACGUCAACAAAAAGAGGAAACCUGAUUUGACAAUAGCUGACAAAAAGUCGAUGUAUGGGAAGCUCAUCCCAAGUGAAUCUCCACGCGAUCACUGUUCCGGCUGCAACUUACGGCAAGAAACCAUUAACGAUUCUGUGCUUAUCUGUGACGGUCCUGCUUGCGGUCGUGAAUAUCAUCUGCGUUGUUGCGUGCCUGCUCUUGACAUCAUUCCGGAAGGCGAUUGGCUCUGCCAAGACUGCAGUCCGUCUGGCAGCGCUGAAACUUUGAUGCAAUAUCUUGAAUCAAACGAUGAACGACGUUGUGACUUUCAAUCUUCUGAGGAAUUUGUUGCCUCUCUCAUCUCACAUGACAUGGUAAAAGAAAAAGUGCACCGUCGCCCUCUGUCGGAACUCGAACGAGCCACUGAAAUCCAUCGUAGUGCAAUUGGCGAAAAUUGGAACCUUUUGAUUUCACCAGACUUUUAUGUCGGAAAGCCGUUGCGUAUUUACGAUGGACUAGCAAACCAGUACCAUUCGGGCCGUCUGGUAGAUUGUCGACAGUCUCUCUCUUGUGGGACAGUAGAAUACCUUGCGCGUUUCCCUUCCGGAAAGGAUGGUCGGAAAUCUCCACUCCACCACUGGAUUAUUCUCGAAGAACAUUGCCUUGCUAUUGGCACCGCACUGAUCUGGUCACAAACUCUUGGUCGGCGUUGGAAACCUGCACAGCUCCUGCUUCGUACUGGAAGAGAACUUGUCUCUGUCGCCAGUAUGUAUUCGGAAGAACAAGGUGAGAUUCGGUUUACGGAUUCCAAGCAUACUUUGAAUGCGUUGCCUAGCACACCGGAAACAGACACAACUAAACCUGCGGCCACUCCAUGCUCGGGAAGUGCCUCUCGAUCAGCACCGUCUGAGCCAAGGUUUCCUAUCAAGAAGAGGCGAAGGAACGAAGUGUGGGGCCUUGUACGUUUCUUUGGGGAAGGAACCUUUGAAUUCGUCCCUUUGACAGCUCGUGCUCGCAGUUAUAAGGAUCCAAUCUUUCAAGCAAAAUACGGAAAGUCGGAAGCAAUAUGGCUCCCGCUUGCGAUCGCAGAGGCUGAGCAGGCAGAGCAAACAUCUGUUCUUCAAUGGCGUAACAUGGAGCAAAACAAUAGACUUAGCCAACAUGUCUUAUCGAGCAGAGAUGACUACGGUCUUCAACCACUACAACCAACCAACUCGUUCGAUUCUGUUUCUUUUCCCUCGCAGCUUACACCAUCAAUUCCGCAAGGCUUAGAUCGACUUCAUAUAUUGAAUCUUUUACAAGAGCAAGGGUUAGAAGUCGACAAAGACAUAGCGUCAAUUCUUCAAUGUACGAGUGUGCCAGUCAACGUGGCUAGGUGCCUCAAACAAAAUGGUCAUGUAGUAUAG